GAUGUUUGGAUCCAUUAUCAUGUACAGUUUCUUCUAUUACACUUUGAGUAGCAGAAUCAGUAUGGUGGGUCGUGGGUUUUCAAGUAGGAAUAAAGUUACAUAUUGAGUUGUUGUGUAUGGUGGGUCGUGGGUGGGGUUUGUUUGUUUACAUUGGUGUGGUGGCUGAGUGGAAUGAGAGGAUGUCCAAAAAUCUUGGUUGAAGCUUUUGGUUUGUUUGCAGGAUGUAAAAUUGUGGUGGUGGGGUGUUUGAUGAACUGAUGAUAUUAGAAGAGAUGGCUGUUUGUGUUGAUGUAUGAUUAUUAGUUUCGUGUGCAGGAAACAGGGUUGCGGAAAUUUUUAGUGUUGUUGGUAAGAAGACUGGUGAUUAAGAUCUCGAUCCAGUUUAAAAUUUGUUUGAUUAUUUAUUUUUGGGUUAUGAUGAAGGGCAAGCUAUUACAAAAAUGUCUCAAAUCUUCUUAUUUGAUUAAGAAUGUAGUUGAUUGAAUGAUUGCUAGUUGGCAUUCCAGCGAGAUGUAUUCUUUCUGUGCUCCUGCUGAAGAGUCCAGAACAUCAACUGGUGUAAGAGUAUGGUGUGUGUAUAAGAGUUUUUGUAUGCUGUAUAAAACCAUGUUUAGGAUGUUUUUGGCGAUUUUGUUCAUGACCCAGAAUGUGAACUACUAAAUGAAUGAAAAAAGGAAUUUGAAGUUUAUCUUGAGAAUAACUCAGUAAUGGAAAUCCAUGGAUGUUCAUUGUAUAUUAUGUUCCUGAUGUUUAUUGUAUAUUAUGUUCCUGAUGUCUUCUUUCAUAUGCUUGUAGGGCUGUAAUGAAUCUGUGAUUACGAUAUCAAGCAAUAGGGAAACAAAAGAUACUAUUAUCGGAAAGAUGAAAUCAAAAGGCUCACAGGGAAAACGAGCUCAAGCACCGAUACCCAGCAACAAUGUGCUUAGUGUUAGUGAGGCCGAGUGUGAUGAUGUUGGAAUGGAUUCCUUAAGUGGGGAAGAGAUGGAAGUCGAAAUGGAUGCAAGUACGAGCAAGGUGGCUGCUAGUGAUCAUACUGGUUCAGCUUCAACUCACAUUAAUUCACCAAUGCCAAAAGGGAGGAGGCUUACAUCAAAAGUUUGGGUCCAAUUCAGGAGGUAUAAGAAAGACGGUUUAUUCAAGUAAUCAUGCAUCAAAUGCGGGAAGACUUAUGCAUCUAAAUCACGUAACAAUGGAACUAGUGCACUUCGCAAUCAUAUGAGUAAACCGUGCGGUGAUGGAAAAGGUACGGCUCAACAACUAUUGAAUACUCUUAGAGCUGAACUAGGUGAGGGGGAUGAAUCUGUGUUAGGCAGUUGGAAGUUUGAUCAAGCAGCUAUAAGGAAAGGAUUGACUUAUAUGAUCGUUGUGGAUGAAUUGCCUUUCAGAUUUGUUGAAUACUUGGGUUUCAAAUACUUUAUGUCACUUGCUUGUCCUAGAUUCCAUAUACCCUCUAGAAGAACAGUGACUAGGGAUUGUUGGGAUUUUUAUCUUGAGUUGAAACAAAAGUUGAAGGAUGUC